AUGGGCGAGAAACAGGUACGACGGCUCGCGGGGUCUGCUCGCGGCGGUUCUAAUCGCCGGAGGAAGAGGCUGGUCGCGGCGUCUGGUCGUGACAGGGUUCGCCGGAAGCCGCGCAAUUCACGCGUGAACAAGGGUCGCCGGAAUUCUUCGCGAGAUGGAGGCGGAACUGGGCAGCGACUCACGACGUGGGAGGAGAGCGGGUCGUGGCGUAGCUGGGGUCUCGUCGCCGGCGGGGCGGCUGUUCCAAGUGGAGUACGCGAUGGAGGUGGUGAAGCAGAAGAGAAGAGGCUGGUCGCGGCGUCUGGUCAUGACAGGGUUUGCCGGAAGCCGCAAUUCACGCGUGAACAAGGGUCGCCGGAAUUCUUCGCGAGAUGGAGGCGGCGCUGGACAGCGACUCACGGCGUGAGAGGAGAGCGGGUCGUGGCGUUGCUGGGGUCUCGUCGCAGAUGGCUCGCGACUGGUCUAAUUGAGGAUACUUGCCGGCGGGAGGCUCGCGGCGUCAGAUUUGCAGAGACUCGCGGCUUGCUGCUCGCGAAGAGAGAUGAGUUCACGGUGGAGGACUUGCGAGCAGACGACGGUCGGGUGUACUGCGCGGCGGAGGGGCUCGUCGGCGAUUGGCCUGCGCGUCGUUCAGAGGAUGGCGGAGGAGGAGAUGACGAGAUGAUGCUUGGAGAUCGCCGGCGACGGGAAAGAUCAGAGGAAGGGAUGAUGACGAUUGGUGGUGAGUUGAACAGCGAGAGAAAAAGAGAGAUGGUGGCGGGUUCUCUUUUCCGAUCGAGAUUGUCGGAAAACUGGCCGCUCUACUUCUUGCCGAGGAAG